AUGGGGACUCCAGUGCGCACCAGCAUGGACACCGCAUCCGUAGCCGGCGCACAGUCGUGCACGGAGCACGCUAAGACUCUUCUUACGACUCUGAAGAGCGUUCUGAAUAAAGAUAAACCAACGUUGUUUCAUGGAUUUAAAUGCGCGGACCUGGACACGGAGGUCAUCCCGAACAGUUCAACAGUGGCCGCCUGCCAGCCUUAUGAGGACACGACAUGCUCUGACCAACGGAGGUCUUCGUUUAACGAGACCGACUGCCUGGCGAGUAUGAGAGAAGACCUGCGCCACUACCAGGACAAGCUGGCUGAAUACGCCGAGUCUCUCAGCAAGUUUGACGCUGUUACUGAGCUCAAACCUAUUCUCAUAUCUGUACGAGACCUUCAGCAGAACUGUCCACCGCUGUCCACAAAUGAGACAGAAAAAAGCCCAACAAACAGCCCGGGUCCCGUGGACUCUUUUGAGGAGCGCAUGUCUCUGUGUAAGCAGCUUAAAGGUUUCCAUCUGCGCGCAGUCACGAUGAACCGAGCGCUCGGGUACGUGAGCGCGGGGGACUAUAAGAGAUGAUGCUCAGGGCCACAGCCACUCCUAGUUCCAGUCACCUUUGUCUCAUCCUAACUAUAGCUAUGUGAAAGAGCCGACGUCGCACUACUGUUUUAUCGACAAAUCCCCAUAAUUUAUCUAUUUAAACAGUUUUAUAUGUGAACAUUUCGUUUGAAAGUCG